GCCGUAACUGAAAUCAUCCACAUUAAUCAAGAAUUUUAAAACUUUUCCCAGACCAUAUGGCAGUAGUGAUUGCUAAUGCUACAUGUAUGUAAUGAUCACUGUGUUAUUUAAAAUCAAUUUUGAAAUGAGUUUUAACAUGCCUUUCACAGCUCAGAACACUGUAACUUUCAACAUGCAGGAUCAUGCAGGAUCACUUUGACUGGGUUUUGGUCAAAGAGUUGGGGCCUACAUAUAUCAACGAAGUAGAUCGCUAACUUCUCAGUCUCUGCUUAGAGUCUUAGAGACAAUUUUAAUGCGCAGACGUUUUGAAUCCAUGUGCAUGCUUACAGAACAAUCAAAUCAUGUAGAAUGAGUAUCAGAUGAUGCAACUCCAUCGACUACUGAUAAAAAUCUGACUAAACAAAAUCAUGGCAAAAUUAUCUGCAGUGCAUACCCGCACGUGUUUGCGCAGGUGUUAGCAUUGUUUUGCGUGGAGCAAAAUGAAAUGCUCAUUUACUGAUAGUGAGUUUAGGUUUUUGCCUAUUGUCUUUAUUGAGGCAUCCUUUUAGAAUAAGAAUACAGACACAGAUAGCAAAUAGCCGUAUCAAAGCUGUUCAAAAUUUUGAGUGUUUCAUCGGUUUGUACACAAACAUACACUGUAGAUAAGCCCAGCAGGCAUCAUUUUGUACAUGAGUCAGCACUCUGGUUUCAUUGCCCUGUGGUUUGGUAGUAGGACCCUUUUUGCUGUAGUCUGCACUGGGGAUUAUGAAGGGGUUGGUUUUUAAGUGUAUUUUUUCCCUCUUAGUCAUGCUUCUUGUCCAUCCUGCUGUGCGGGGUCACUGUUAUAUAAUACCUAGUGGAAAAUAUGGUGGCCUGGCCUUUAUGUCCAUAGUUGGUGCUGACCAUUCAGUUGUGUCCUGGCUGUGUGUUUACAUAAUCAUUGUCUGGCUAAAUCUUGCCCCAAGGGAAAGGGCCUUGAAGGGCAUUCUCUUCACAGUGGUCUGUCUGGACAUGGAUAAUGGCUCCAUGGGGUUUUGCACAGCUGAGAUAUUUUUCCCCCGUCCCUCCCUGAUCAAUAAAAGAGACGAGAAGGACGAAGAUUGUAAGAUGGCUGGGAGGAUGCUGUUUGCCUUUGCCACAGUAUGCAUACAGUUAACCAGCCGGUACACUGCUGCAGAGGCUCCCACGCCCAAGGUUUCAAUAACAAAUGACGGACCAACCAUCGUGGGUGCCACUACGACAUUCACAGCAAAGCUCAGCUUUGUCAAGGAAACUCACGAAAACCUACCGAAACCGUUUGUUGGGCGGCAAAAACCUAGCCCCACAUUCUUGUACGAGUAUGUUUGGAGCCAGUGGAUUUGUGGUCUCCCAUCAGUAAGCAAAAUUCUUCAAAACAGUACCUGCAAUUUUACUCAGACAUAUGACUGUUCAGAAGAUGUCGGACUCCACACAGUUACUGUCACUGUAAGAAAAAACGAUUUCAUCCUCAAACCUUUUGUUGUUAGCAACAGCACUUCUUUCCAGAUAACAGAGCACAUAAAUGCUGACCUUGUCAUCAAGGAUGGGGUAUCCUGUAACACAACCUUUGGCUUAGAAACUUGCGACAUUGUCGCAACCAAUAAAUCGGUGGACAUGGUGGUCAACAUACAUGACCCCAGCAACUUCUUCAAAGAUGCCACAUUGCUGUAUCACUGGACAUUUGGAGACGGCUCUGCAGAUACCACUAUUAAUCAGCCGGCAGUGUCCCACAUGUACAGGAAGCCAGGGCGUUAUGGGAUAAUGGUGAACAUGACGGCCAUCUUUCCCGACAGUAACAUCGAGACGAGGCCGCCGAAGACUGGGGAUGUCAAGCACAACCUGAAAACAAUGGAUGCUGUCAGAAAUUUGACGAUACAUGGCAAAGACAAUCUUGAAACUGGAGUCAAAGCUACAUACAACAUAUCUUGCCUGGCGAGUCUCCCCCUUGAAUUCUGUUGGUUUGUCAUCCCUACUACGACCAAUGCGAUGUCAAAGUACCAAUCCAAUGACAUGAACUGCAACAAGAUAAUGCUGACCAACCAGACGUGGUUUGAGGUUGACCAUUGGUUCAACACCAGCGGAGGAUACAGCAUUGGGGUGUAUGCGAGAAAUGCCAUCAGCAAUUCAGGUGCCGACAAGAAUGUUUAUGCACAGAGCCCCAAAAAAUCCCAGGAAGUGGUUGGCCUGGUUAUUGGAAUCUUCUUUGGCAUUGCUGCCUGCUUCCUGUGCGUGGCGGUAUUCACCAACUACGUGCGGAAUCAGAACCGACCUCACGUGGAGGUCGCCAACUUUGACUUUCAGAGGCAGUGGCAGCGCAGCGUGACACUGGGCACAAAAAUCCGGCGAUUGUUGUUGGGGGGCAGCAGAGCAGAACAUUUGCCUCUGUCGCAAGAUUUCAACAGGAACCACUCAGUUUGAGGAAAAAAUUACUUGGUCAAAGUUAAAUUUGACACCAGAAUUUCCUCCUCAAAGAGCACUUCAUUGAGAGUGUUGUUUUGUUUUUGGUAUAUUUCAUGCCAUAAAAAACUGAAAACGCUCCACAGCAGUUUUUCCUUUAUUGUCAAAAGUUCCAGGGAGCAACAAGAAAAAGAAAGGUUUCCUUGGUAAAACAAGAUUAAGAGUUUUUUGAAAUGUGCAUCAGUUGUGGACAGAGCAAUCCGUGCACCAUGAAGUGGGAUUUUUCAUUAGUUUAUUUUGUGUAAGCUGUGAGCUGUUUUAUGAUAAUAUGCAUAUUGUCCAAAGAUCAUUUGGAUUGACUGAAAUGUUGGUUGCUUAAACCAAUCACAGCAUAUCAGGAUCAAGAAUUAAGCAAAUGUGAAAUUGCUUACUGUUACAAAGUCAGAUAUUAGUUUUGCAUGGACGUUGAAUACCUCACCACAGGAAUUUCAAAAGACAGACCUCGCAAAAGGACAGCGGAGAAGGUUAACUUAAUCAAAAUUAAAUUAACCUUUGGAAAACCAGAAAAUGCAACAAAAAUUAAUAUACUUACAAUAGACAAAGCAUAAUGCAUUGAAAUAAUAAAAGGGCUACCGGUAUCCAACUGAUAUGUGUGAAGGGGCAUUGCGAUCCUUGCGAUGCAAGCCUUGCACGACCACCACAGCUGGUCUUGGGUCCCACGCAGGAGAUGGUAGUCAAGCCAGGCUGACCGUCAUGGUCUUGAUGGACAGUGGUGAGUGGCAGAUCUCAGUCUUGAGGCGGGCCUCACAGAAAGUCAAGCGACUUGAGGCGACUUGAUCUUGGUUUGUCUUGACCGGAAUAUGGCCCCUUGGGCGUGGGCCACAAGAGCCGCCGAUGAUCGGCGGAAUGCUGGAUAGCGGCAGCAGAUGAUAUGCCCCUCGUGUGGAGUAAAGCUCUGCUGCAACGACACACCCACGUUUAUAAGGGAGACUUUGUCACAGUGCUAGACCGAAAAGAAUGCUAUGCAUGCAAGGACAGGAAAAUAUGCUAUUCAUCUAAGGUGGAUGUAACACUUAUCUGAAACUUGAAGCUAAGUGCAAGUCAUGGCAGGGAUUUAAAUUUUUCCACAUGUUGUGUAUUUGCCUUUGCUCUUGUGUAAGUUUCUACCAGUCUGACACGUACCUAUGCCUGGGGGGCAUGUGGCUUGGUGGUUAGGGUUUGUAGCUUCUGAUCAUAGGGUUUGGGGUUCGAAUCCAGCUGGUUGCAGCAUGUUGUGAU